CCUCUUUUUUGGGGGGGAGCACAUUUUACCAAUCAAUCCCCAAUUCACAACUGACUCUCUAUCAGUUCGCCCUUUUUUCAUUCACUUGAAUUUGUAUAUCUUGUCCAUUGCUUAGGCAACCUCUUUCCGAACAAAAAUAUGCCACUCAGUGAUCAUGCACCUAGGCUGGAAUAUCUGAAGAGCUCAGCAAGCUUUUUAGAGGCCGCAAGCCCAUCGACCGCGGCCCAUCUGAUGUCCGUUCACCAUAACAUCAUUCGCGACGAGUUCAAGCCCUUAAAUCAGCGACAGCAAGAAUUUGCUUGUGGAGCAUGUGGGAGCCUCCGAAACUCCAUGUCGACCAGGACUAUUCAGGUCUCGAAGAGGAAAAAGAAGCUUGCAGGCUUGAGUGCUGAGGGGGCUACGGUUCUGAUCUGCCUUCGCUGCCGUCGACGCACCGUCAAACCCUCCAAAAAAGAACCUGUUCGCUCCAAUGCUCCAGUAGUUUCGGUGACUACGGUACCGAAUGCAGUUGCGACUCAAUCCUCAACGUCUACGAGGCCUUUGCCCGGACAGCCAGCCGCUGCACUUCCGGAUCCAGAUAUGGCUGUCAAAUCCGCGGAAAAUGCCAGUAGCAAGAAAAGAGCCAAGUCUCGCAAGCAAGGUGGUCUGCAGGCACUAAUGGCCUCGAAGCAACAAUCUCGCCCGACCUCGUCCCUCGAUCUCUUUGAUUUCUUGCAGCAGUGAAGAUCACAUGACUGUUACAUGUCACGUGACCGAUGCGGACAAUCGGGGAGUGUCUCCGGCACACUUUGGGACUAGCGCGGGGUUCCUCGGCUUCCAGUCGGUCGGUGCUUCCAGCUGAGCGUUCCCCUCGUAACUUAACUACUUCUCAG